AUGUAUUUAAAUACACCUCAGGACGAGAACGCGCUUGAGGAAAUGAGAAAGCGAAGAAUUUUAGCCGCCGUUCAGAAAUCCAAGAAUGACUGCGACGGUGGUACUAUAAGUGCGGAGGAACUCGAAAAGCUGGAAACAUCACAAAAUCAAGAACAACCUCCACAGUUUCAAUCUUACGCCGAAUUUCGACAAUGGUCUCAGGCUAACCAGGCCCGUCACACGAUCAUUGCGGAUCAGUCGCGUUACGUUGUGGAAGGAUACGCUUUGAGACGGCGCGAAAUGAACGAAGAAAUCAGUGAGCUCACCAAAGAGUUCUUCUCUGCUACUAACGCCAUAUCGAAAAGAGAUCAUCUCCAACUGGUCAACUUGUUUGGUAUCUACACAGGUCUUUACGGAGCGAUAGUGGAUACUACUGAAAGGGAUUUCAAACAAGGCGAAUAUUCCUUUAUAAACUGCGAUGCUUUCGAAGCAUUUGAAAAUUUCUUACCCAAAUUGGAGGAAUGUUUCCGCACAGGUGCACCAGUGGAACCCCAACUUUUUGGGGAGCUCUUGGAAAUUCGCGAUUCUGUGACGGACGCCAUUCGUGACCACCAUCAGGUUGCAGCACCCAUGCAUUCGGCGGAAGAAGUUGUUGUCGGAAGACACGUUCGUGAUCGCUACCAACCAUUCGAUACUGAUUGGCUUUGUACUACAGACCGCACGGAUCGAAUGCUUCUUCCCUACAUGGAACAACUAUGGAGCUCUCGAAUGCAACACUCAUCACUAGCCAGAGCUCGUCUCGAUUUAAUUGCCGAAAACAGAGCCAAGGGCGUUAACUUUGUGAAAAACCUCGUUAUCAAUGAUUUUCAAAACAAAAAGAACGGAAAAGCAGUUCAAGCCUUUUUGAAUAAAAAUCUUUGUAAUCAGCGCGGAAAUUUCAUUAAAACGUACCUCACCCUCCGAGGAAAUGAGAAAAGAGAUGGACUAUUGAGAUUUGUACUGGCACAGGAGCAAUUCAAUCAGAUGGCCGAUAUGGUACGUCAGAAAAAAGCAGCAUUGCAUCGGAAUUUGGACAAAUGCAAAGAUAGAGACUUUCAACGAAAACUUUAUUUGAUGGGUGCUAUCUCAAAUAUUGAAGCCCAAAUGCUUGUUAUCCACAAAAUCUGGGCUUUGUACAUUGACAAAGAGAAAGGCUUAUUUGGAAUAGCUCCUACAGACAGAGUUCUCAAAGCUUUGCGUGACCUCAUCAGAGCAACCGUGGAGAAUAACUGCCUAAGCGUCGGGGUCAAAAGGAUUAUUUACCAGAAGACGGAUCGUCUUCGUAAAGCGCUUCACAGGGAUGCUCGCACCUACUACCAUGAGCAAGAAGCUUCGAGCAGUCAACACUUCAACGAAGCUCCCGAACACGAAGUUUUGCUUAAUGACGACAACGAUGAUCAGGUCACUCAUCGAGCAGUUCUCUCCGACGACUAUCCUGUUGAUUUGGCUAACAAAUUGGCUAGAAACCUGUGGUAUUCAAAGACUGAGAACAUGCGUAUGGAGGAGCAGAUUUAUCUUGCAAAGUAUGCAAAAAGACAAGAAUGGCGAGAACCUCGAAGUGAUCAGAAUUACAUUAUAAAUUCUUGCACUGGAACCUUUGCUUUCUACUCAAAUGCUUCAGAAUUUGUGGAUGAGGAAGAACUAAGAGCCAUUCUUACAUCACUAGAGGCUUGCACUUCGAUCGACUGUUCAGAAGAAAUACUUGGAACGACUGUAAUAGAGCAAAUCGAUUAUGCAUUUGAAUUAAACAGAGCAGUUCCUCUUCGUGACGAUCUUCGCGUCUUGUUGGAACAAGAAUUCGUCGUACAGCUCCAGAAUCAGCUUGUCGAGGGAAAGGAUGCUAGGCAAAUUGCAAGAGAUUACUACCAAAUACUCAGCUUGUACAUAGCCGCUACUCGCUCCAGAAAGCGUUUCCCACAGUACACGUCAGAUGAAGUUACAUUGGAUAUUGUUCGUGAAGUGGUGGACACGCAUAUGGACUAUCUCGAAGAAUUGAUGGAAACCCCGCCGAAAAGACUACGCCCUUUAUCACUUUCUCCAAGCGAUGGCGAAUUUGAGAUUGUACAUGCGGAAGGCAAUCUUCCAGGUCCCGGUUCAUCCCAAUGA